GGCGAAGAGGCCGCCGGGAAAGGAGGGGCGGGAUGGCGCACGCGCCCAAGGGCCUCGGCCGCUAGCCCGAGCGUAAACAAGGCGCCGCUGAUGAGGGAGAUGAGGAGACGGACGGAGAUGGAGACGAUGAGCCGGGCCGGGCGCCUCCGAGGCUGAGCCUCGCCGCCCUUCUUGCGCUCUCCCCCGCCCGCCCGCCCGCCCGCCCGGCGAAGGACGAGCCACGAGGCCGCCAUGAACUUAGCCAGCCAGAGUGGCGAGGCCGGCCCCGGCCAACUGCUCUUCGCCAACUUCAACCAGGACAACACGUCCUUGGCUGUUGGAAGCGUGUUGGGCUACAAAUUCUUCUCUCUCUCUUCUGUGGAUAAACUGGAGCAGAUCUACGAGUGCAAUGACACCGAAGACGUGUGCAUCGUGGAACGGCUCUUCUCCAGCAGCCUCGUCGCCAUCGUUAGCCUCCGGGCACCUCGCAAGCUGAAAGUCUGCCACUUCAAGAAAGGGACGGAGAUCUGCAACUACAGCUACUCCAACACGAUCCUGGCUGUGAAGCUGAACAGGCAGAGAUUGAUCGUCUGCCUGGAAGAAUCUCUGUACAUACAUAACAUACGGGAUAUGAAAGUUCUGCACACCAUCAGGGAGACGCCUCCUAAUCCUGCGGGAUUGUGUUCCCUCUCCAUAAACAAUGAUAACUGUUACCUCGCCUAUCCGGGGAGCGCGAGCAUUGGCGAAGUCCAAGUUUUUGACACCAUCAACCUGAGGGCUACCAACAUGAUCCCCGCUCACGAUAGUCCGCUGGCUGCCCUGGCUUUCGACGCAAGUGGUACAAAGCUCGCCACCGCCUCCGAGAAGGGCACGGUGAUCCGGGUAUUUUCCAUUCCAGAGGGGCAGAAGCUCUUCGAAUUCCGACGGGGCAUGAAGAGGUGCGUCAGCAUCUCUUCGUUGGCCUUCAGCAUGGAUGGCAUGUUCCUGUCGGCUUCCAGUAACACAGAGACAGUGCACAUUUUCAAACUGGAGACUGUGAAAGAGAAACCUCAGGAGGAACCCACCACCUGGACGGGGUACUUUGUGGAGACCAUUCGGACGUUCCCAAACUACCUGCCCGCCCAGGUGACCGAAAUGUUCAACCAAGGCCGAGCCUUUGCCACGGUCCGGCUCCCCUUCUGUGGGCACAGAAACAUCUGCACCUUGGCCACAAUUCAGAAAAUUCCCCGGCUCUUGGUAGCAGCCGCCGAUGGGUAUCUCUACAUGUACAAUUUGGACCCCCAGGAAGGGGGUGAAUGCACACUGAUGAAACAGCACAAGUUGGAUGGCAGCAUGGAGCCAGCCAAUGAAAUUCUAGAAUCUGCCUCUCACGACAGACCAUUGGUAGCACAGACCUACAGUGCCGCAGUGACCAGAGGCGCUGCUUACAUGCCUUCUUCGCCCACGAGACACGUCUACAACGAAGACCUUGGGGCCGUCGGUGGCGUUUGCCUGGAGGACGACAUCAACGCCCUGCGCCUAGACGAGGACAGCGAGCACCCCCCCAUGAUCCUUCGGACUGAUUGAACUGGUCAAUCGAACUCCCCCAAGUUGUGAACGUCGGCCGGGCGCUUCCGGGGGACGCCUGUCGACGCUGCUACGGACUUCGGCCUGAGCCACGUGUGUGUGUGUGAGAUCCUCGAAGGAAGGCAGACCCCCCUCAAAGCAAAACCUACACACACACACACACACACAAACACACACCCCCAUCCUAGCUUGUAGUGACGGUUCCAUACCACCCCAGGCGGAAGCGCACACCUAGAUUUCACUUCGGUGAAAUCCACCCGCUUUGUUCGUUGUUUAUUUUCUUUCCUUAGCCAGCCAUCAGGAAAAUAACCCCUCUAUAUUUUUUUUCCCCGUUGUUGCCAAACCAACGAAAAGAAAGAAAGAAACCAACACCCCUGCUCUUUAAUUCAGCACCUUUGAGCUUUGCAUGCCUCCUUGUGCCAAGUGAAAAUAGGCGAGCCGAUUCAUUUUAUAACCGUGGGUUUUUUUUUUUUUUUAUUUCUAAAGGAAACGUGUAAGUUUUUCGAACUUCACCCUGGGCCAUUGGCGAGGGGAAGGAAGAGCCGCAAGGAUGAGCUCAAGAUGCUUUAGCUGCUGCUUCUUCUUCUGCCUGGAUGAGAAAAUAAUAACAUUUUUAUUUUUUACAAAAAAAAAGAAAAUCCAAGUGGCUUUUUCUGCGCAUGGCUUGAGGGGCAUGCCUGGAGAAUUUUGAGACACUACUUUUACUAAAGGUCAAGCGUUUCCCCCCCCUCCGAAUCUUUCCUCCCCUUUCGUGAGCCAUUCUCUACGCUUCUUUUCUCUGGUUCUUUUUUGCUUUCUCCCUGCCCCCCCCCCCCCAAAAAGACCAUUUUGGUAAUUAAAACUCUUCCUGAUUCUCAUUUGUGGGGUUGUGGUAUGUGUCCCUCAUUUGUGGGGUUGGUGGGAUUUGUCUCUUCCAACGUGGCCUUUUGUUUCCCAAGCAUCUCCCACCGUAAAGACAAGGUUUCGCCAAGGAGAGAGAGAGAGAGAGAAGGGAAGAGAAAGCUUUAUCUGUCUUUCGGAGCUGUGUGAAGCCAGGAAUCCUGGCUCAGCAGACCACAAUAGGUUGCAUAUGUGAUAGCAAACCAAACCAGGCAGCGGAGAAAUCUUGAGUUUUGAGGGCAUGAGAUUGGAUUUGGAUUGGAUUUAUUACAUUUAUACGCCGCCCUUUUCCCCGAAUUGGGACAUCUGAGGGUGCACACAUUGGCAAUCCCUUAAAUUUGGGAUCUGUGUGUGAACUCCAGAAUUGCUGGGGUGUGAGUCUCCCUUGAUCUCUUUUUCCAUUUUUUUUAAAAAAAAAAUCUAGAUUUCUUCCCUGCCCUGUUCCUGGGAUCCCCGAUCUCCGUUCUUUAGCUUGAGCUUUGACAUACAAAUCUGUCCUGCUUUAUUGGCUUGCUUGAAGAGUGAAAGAAAUGGGCUGUGCUUAUUCCCAGCAUCAUGGUUUGUUACGCCCCUCACCCCCUUGGGCUUCCUACGAUUGUCAUAACCCGGCUAGCGUGUUGUUUUUAACCAAGUGUUAAGCUCUUAACCAGAAAGUAUGUCCCUUCUUAACGUUAGUUUGAUCCGAGCUGUAUAAAGCUACUCGUCUCGCUUCCAAACCCUUCUUUCCCCUGUCUGUAGCUUUCGUAAAACUCUUUGUGAGAAGCUGUUCAAACUCCAGUAGAUCAAUCCUGGGUUUGUUUUCUGCUGCUGGACAAACCCUUAUUUAUUUAUUUUUCUCCUUUUUUCAGAGUUCCUGUGGACGUCGACCUUAAAAUCUCUUACUUCCAGCUUCCUUCUCAGGAGGUUCAUCUCUCUCUCUCUCUUUUGGCAAAUUGCCGUGCCGUGUGUUUUCCCCCUCCGUCACAACUGCACACUGUUAGCUUUAGGGGGGGGUCAAAAGGAUGAAGCCCGAACUUUGGGGUGUCUUCUGAACGGUGUCUUCGAAGAAAGGACUCGUUUGUAGCAUGUCGGUUAAGGCCCACGUGUCGUUCUUUUAAGUUGUGAUUCAAGGUUGAAAGGGAAUCAUGUCCCUGUAUUAUUAUGAUUAUGAUUAUUAUUUGUCUCCUCGGUUGCAGAUUUUCCUCCUCCUCCUCUCGAAGGUGUUACAUGGCCUAACCUGUUGUGUCAUUUCUCACUUUCCAACAGCUUGUGCAAAAGUUGUCGUGUCACGGGGGGGGGGAAAAAAACACGACAAAAGCUUGUUGUUCGCAACUGCCAGGACUGGGAUGAAAGUGUGACCAAAAUCGGAGGAAAAAAAAACCCUGCCUUUUCUUUA